UGGCAGGCAGGCACCUGCAAAGGAGCCCGCCGCUCCGCCGGCGAGCUGCCCCCGCGAGCAGCUGCCUCGUGAUUCCCCCGCGGAGCCGGUCCCCGCCUCCCCACUCCGCCCCCGCCUCCCCUGAAGCCGAGCGGCAGCUCUCCGGAUCUCUCGUCUCCUCCAGGCGCUCUCGUGCGGGACGGGGCUGGCAAGAGCGAGGUAGCAGCUGGAGGUGACGCCGGGCAGAUACGCCUGUGGCAGGGCCGGGGCGAGAGGAACCGAACAGACAGCAGGACGCUGCGCGGAGGAGCGGAGACAGUGCGCGGAUCGAAGCGACCCAGCCGAGGCAGCCUGUGCCCGCGCCCGACCCAGUGAGGACUCCGGACAGCAGCGGCCCCAGGACCACCGAGCUGAUGGCGUCUUCGACACCUUCUUCGUCCGCAACCUCCUCGAACGCGGGAGCGGACCCCAACACCACCAACCUGCGCCCCACAACGUACGACACCUGGUGCGGCGUGGCCCACGGAUGCACCCGAAAACUGGGGCUGAAGAUCUGCGGGUUUUUGCAAAGGACCAACAGCCUGGAAGAGAAGAGCCGCCUCGUGAGCGCCUUCCGGGAGAGGCAGUCCUCCAAGAAUCUGCUCUCCUGCGAGAACAGCGACAGGGAGGCCCGCUUCCGGCGCACCGAGACCGACUUCUCCAACUUGUUCGCUCGAGAUCUGCUUCCAGCUAAGAACGGAGAAGAGCAGACCGUGCAGUUCCUGCUGGAGGUGGUGGACAUCCUGCUCAACUAUGUCCGUAAGACGUUUGACCGGUCCACCAAGGUGCUGGACUUCCAUCACCCACACCAGUUGCUGGAAGGCAUGGAGGGCUUCAACCUGGAGCUCUCCGACCAUCCCGAGUCCCUGGAGCAGAUCCUGGUUGACUGCAGAGACACCCUGAAGUAUGGCGUCCGCACAGGUCAUCCUCGAUUUUUCAACCAGCUCUCCACUGGAUUGGAUAUCAUUGGCUUAGCAGGCGAAUGGCUGACAUCAACUGCCAACACUAAUAUGUUUACCUAUGAAAUUGCACCAGUGUUUGUCCUCAUGGAGCAGAUAACACUGAAGAAGAUGAGAGAGAUAGUUGGCUGGUCGAGUAAAGAUGGUGAUGGGAUAUUUUCUCCUGGGGGAGCCAUUUCCAACCUGUACAGCAUCAUGGCUGCCCGCUACAAGUACUUUCCGGAAGUUAAGACAAAGGGCAUGGCCGCCGUGCCCAAACUGGUCCUCUUCACCUCAGAACAUAGUCACUAUUCCAUCAAGAAAGCUGGGGCUGCGCUUGGCUUUGGAACCGACAAUGUGAUUUUGAUAAAGUGCAAUGAAAGGGGGAAGAUAAUCCCGGCUGAUUUAGAGGCAAAAAUUCUUGAAUCCAAGCAAAAGGGGUAUGUUCCUCUUUAUGUCAACGCGACGGCCGGCACGACUGUUUAUGGAGCUUUUGACCCGAUACAGGAGAUUGCAGAUCUGUGUGAGAAGUACAACCUCUGGCUGCACGUCGACGCCGCGUGGGGCGGGGGGCUGCUCAUGUCGAGGAAGCACCGCCAUAAACUCAGCGGCAUCGAAAGAGCCAACUCGGUCACCUGGAACCCUCACAAGAUGAUGGGCGUGCUGUUGCAGUGCUCGGCCAUUCUCGUCCGGGAGAAGGGGAUACUCCAAGGAUGCAACCAGAUGUGUGCAGGAUACCUCUUCCAGCCAGACAAGCAGUACGAUGUCUCCUACGACACCGGGGACAAGGCGAUUCAGUGUGGCCGCCACGUGGACAUCUUCAAGUUCUGGCUGAUGUGGAAAGCAAAGGGCACUGUGGGAUUUGAAAAUCAGAUUAACAAAUGCCUGGAACUGGCUGAGUACCUCUAUGCCAAGAUUAAAAACAGAGAAGAGUUUGAGAUGGUGUUUGAUGGCGAGCCUGAACACACCAACGUCUGUUUCUGGUAUAUUCCACCGAGCCUCAGGGGCGUUCCCGACAGCCCUGAGCGGCGGGAGAAACUCCACAGGGUGGCUCCCAAAAUCAAAGCUCUGAUGAUGGAGUCGGGCACCACCAUGGUUGGCUACCAGCCUCAGGGGGACAAGGCCAACUUCUUCCGGAUGGUCAUUUCGAACCCAGCUGCUACCCAGUCUGACAUCGACUUCCUCAUUGAGGAGAUAGAAAGACUGGGCCAGGAUCUGUAACCACCCUUGGCGGAACACGAGUUCGUGGGAAUUCUCGCUUCCUUCUGGCCCUCUAGACCCAACCUCUAUGAGUUGCUGACCCGCCCUGUCCAAACCUUCCUUCAGCUUGUUUGUUAGAGUUCGCAGGAAUAAUGCUCUUUUUAACAAGUUGCACAUUAGAAACACAGCACAUAUGUACAGUUCUAUAUAUAUACCUCUCUCUAUAUAUAUGAAUAGCGAGUGGGGCUUAGUCAUAGACCACAGCAUGUCGCUGAGGGGCUAACCAUGCUGCAAACCAGCUUGCCCAUCAACCGCAGACAAGAUGUUUUCCAAAAGGCUGUGACCUGGGGGCUCAGGGGGAGUGUUGUUGGUGGGAAUGGGGCUCUCUGCCAGUGCUUCUCCCACUGAAGUCACCAUGGAUGAGAACACACACCACGGGCUGACAAGAGCCACACCCUCCCCGUUAGCGUCCUGCUGGGGGACAACAGUCCUUGUUACAGGUGUACUAUUGCCGUUAUUUUUAGAGAUUAUUUUGUGUAGACUGUGUAAAUUACUGUUACCUGGGGGGCAGUGGGGAGGGGGAAGGGAAAACUCAUGUAAUGAUUCCAAUGACUGUUUAAUUGUAGGUCAGUGAAAUAUUUGCUUAUUUAUAUCCAGAGAUUUACCAUGUUAAAGAGCAUCUUGUAUUUUCGUCCCAUUUGUAAUGUAUCUUAUUUAUAUAUUAAUGAAGUAAGUUCUGAAUACUGUUUAUGGUAUUUCUGUGCUUUUGUGAGCCAAAGAGAAAAGAUUAAUAUUAGCGAGACUUGUAUUUAUCUUAAGAGUGCCCUUACAACAAUGAUUUAAACGUAAAUGUACUGUGUGUGAAAGAACUCUGAUACUGUACAUAGAGUAAUAUAUAUGGAAAUCCUAUUCCUUCGUAGCAUCUGCUUCUUACCCUCUCUGUCUGGCUGUAUGUCUUGGCGUUCUCGAUGCUUUUGUAGCAACUGUUGGAUAAUACCUAGCUCUCCUGUCGUUUUGUAGUGUUCAUGACCAAUCUCUGUGACUCGCUUAGCUGAAACCUAAGGCAAUGUUUCUGAAGAUCUCAGAUAAAUCGGCCAGUCUCACAAAGAAGGGAAAUUCACACUGUGCGGUUUAGAGUAUGCAAGAAGAAUAUAAAUAAAUAAAAAUAUUCUCCAUGGAGAAUUUGAACAAAA